AUGGCCUUCCAAAACGCAUUCUACCUAGACAAGAACGGCUUGGGCUUGUCAGAAGACUUACCCUUCCCUCUGGACUCGUCGCUCUACCGGGAGAUCAACAUCGGUGAUGCCCUGGAAGACCGCGCGCCGCAGUUGAAUGCUGUUUUCUUGAGGCCUCGGCUGGUUGAGGUGACGCCCAGCCCAUUGCCAAGCAGCCUCACGCCACAGCGUCCAGGUCUCUGCUCCACUUGGGAGGCUAAGCCAUGCAAGGAGCCCCGAAAAGGGCCCGUGAAAGCUAACCUGAACCAGAAGAACCACCGGAAGCUAGCACCGCGAAGACACCAAAGGAUGGGACGAGGUGCCUUUGACUUCACCAUUGUGUUCUCCGGUUACGACCAUGACAAGCACGCAGAUUUCGAGCUUGUGCCACGAGUGAUCGGCAAGGGAGGCUGCAACAUGCUUCCUUUCCCGCGCAUGGGCGCCUCUGCUCGCGUUUGUGGUCAAGGCAGUGGAAUCUGUGAAGUUGAAGCGCACGGCCAGAAUCAAAUCGACGAAGAUGAGACACUGCAGCUCGUAGUGUGCUGCAGCACGAAGGACGUUAUGGAUGAGGCCAUGUCAUGGGCCCAGACUUUUCUCGGGGAGCUUCGCACUCAUUUCCGCCGCUUCUGCCGCAAGAAGGGCUUCCCGUGCCCGGAGCUGUACUACAUGUAUGGCCGAAGUGACAUGGACUGA